AUGCAUCUUGAAUGUUUCAAAAAGAUUGAAGAAGAGCUUAAGAAGACCAGCUUUAAGGAUGCUGUUAUAGGCCCAGUUUGCAGAUAUCUGAAAUUAAAAGAAUAUAAAUGGUUUAAAACAGCCAGUAUCAUAUUGAAGAAAUCUCUUACAAAUUACAUUGUAUUCAACUCUGAAGAUAAAAUUAAGCUUCAUACUCUAUUUAAAAAACUAAAUGUAGACUAUUCAGUGUCACAGAUGUUCAGUAAGAAGCCAUAUCAGAAUCUUAAGACCAACUCGAAUUAUAAGACACUUCUGGAUGUCCUUCAGAUAGAUAAUCAGUUGGUUUCAAAUCAGUUGAUUACUCUUAACAACAUUGAGCAGAUAAUUCUGAUUGAGGAUCGUGAAAACGCACACAACAUUAUUAGGGCGGAUCCUAGAUAUGUAGACUGUGCAUAUACCCUAUCGGGAGAUAAGAUUAAGCUGUAUAAUGGAUCAUUGAGUGAUUUUAGGGCCAAAGAUGAUGGGGUGUAUUGGUUUGAAAAUAAGGAGAGCAAGAUUAAGAAACUCGAAUGUGAUUUAUCAAAGAUAGUACUCACGGAAGAAGCCAAAAAAAGAUAUGCCAGGUUAAUGAACGAUCUUGGAAAAUUAGAAUCUAGAACAGAUAGUCUGGAGAAAAGAAUAAGAAAUCUUAGUAUUGAACUUGAGUCUUUGAGAGGUCUCAAGGAAAAUGAUACUGAAAGGUUUGAAAAGAAGUAUCAUAUUCUUUUGAAAAGUAUAGUUUCACUUGAAAAUAGAAAGAAGCAGAUUGAUGCCAAGAUAUCCAGUAUUGAAAGCUCGAAGCAACAGACAUUAGAUAGAAAUAAGGAAAGGUGUAAUGAACUUCAGAGGAAAAGAGAACAUGCAUCCUCCAAGAUUUGUAAACUUGAUUAUGAGAUUAUGGUCUGCGAAAAUACCAAAUCAGUAACUAUAGCCAACAAGAAAGCUAUUCAAGACGAGAUAUCUAAGAAUGUUGCUGAACUUGGCGAGGAACCUGGAAAUAUUAAAAGUAUGGCAGAAAUAACAAAAGAGAGAAGGAGUAUUCGAGAGUUUAAACUUAAGGCGAAUGAGAUGGGACCGAAGGAGGAGAUUGAAGGGGAAAUUGCUAAAAUGUCCAGGGAAAUAGCAUACCUUAGCAAGCUCAGGGAGAAAUUUGAGAGUAUAAUUCGGGAGAUAGCCAAAGCUUGUAAUAAAAGAAGAGCUAGAAGAGAUGAAAUAAAAGAAAAAGACACAGAAGAGGCGAUGCGAAUGUUUAAAGAGUAUACGAUGAGGAGUGGUUAUGUUGGAGAAAUGGCAAUUGAUCACGAAAAUAAGAGAUUAGACCUGAAGAUGAAGGUUCAUAACUCGUGUAUCACAGGAUCGAAGAGCACCUUAAGUGGGGGAGAAAGAUCAUUUGCUGGACUAUGCUUUUUAUUAAGUAUGUGGAAAUGCUUUAAGUGUCCGGUAAAAGUUUUAGAUGAAUUUGAUGUGUUUAUGGAUUCCUUGAAUAGGAAAAUGGCCAUCCACUGUCUUCUUGAGUUUUUCAAAGAGACACAGACACAGGUCAUUCUAAUAACACCUCUUGACACUUCUGAUCUUAACGACUCCGAGUGUGAUAUAAAAAUACUUAAGAAGGUAAUAGAAGGAUAA